AAAGUUGAGACGGAACGUAACCACAAAAAAUAUUGAAUAGAGUUUUACAACAGAAAAAUUUAUUAAAAAUCCGCAGUAUAUGAAAAUUAAUUAUAAUGGCAUCUACAUCGAAAGAUAAUGCGCCAAUUAGCGUGCAAGAUGAGAACACCCCAGACGAGCUGGAGCCGGGUGCGUGUCCUGAAAGUAUUCUGAACCCCACAGAUUCUUUCGAAGAGUUCGCUUCGGAGAUGAGUUCUAGUCUGCAAGAGAGGAAUGCGCUGACAACUAAAAGCAGCACUAUUAGUGAGAUACAGAGCGAAAUCGGCGAAGAGAAAGACGCUCAGAUGAAAACCACAAAGUCUGCAGAUGAUCUGCAGUCAAAAGAUGGUUCUAUAUCUGCAUCGGCUAGCAGCUCUAACUUAACAGAAGAGAAUGGUGAUGAUACAGACAAUGCUCCAGAGAACUACUUGCAUUCACCAGAACUGAUUAAUAAAGAGAAACAUGUUUUCAUAUUAAGUUCUGCUGGCAAACCUAUUUAUUCUAGAUAUGGUAAUGAGGAUAAACUAGCUGGCCUCUGUGGCGUUAUCCAAGCGUUGGUGAGCGUUGUGGAGGAACAAAACCAGGAUAUAUUGAGAUCUAUAACCACUAAAGACUGUAAAGCAGUGUUUCUAGUGAAGGGUCCAUUGAUACUGGUUGCCGUUUCUAAAUCGAAUGAGAGUGAAACACAACUUGUGCUGCAGUUGACGUACGCCUUCAAUCAAAUUGUGUCUGUUCUGACACUAACACAAUUGAAUCGAAUAUUCGAGCAAAGAAGAAACUAUGAUUUACGAAGACUGCUGUCGGGUGCUGAAAGAUUGAUAGACCAUUUACUUAUAUUCAUGGAGAAAGACCCGGCGUUUUUGUUAGGCGCCGUAAGAUGUCUUCCAUUACCAGAGAAAGCUAGAGAGAACAUAACAAAUGCUAUAACAACGACUUGCCACAAGAUAAGAGAUUUAGUAUUCGCGAUAAUGAUAGCUGGUAACCAACUAAUAACUCUAGUUAGAAUGAAGAAGUACACACUACAUCCGUCUGACAUACAUCUGUUGUUCAACUUGGUGCGGAGUUCUGAAUCGUUCAAGACGGCUGAAAGUUGGACUCCUAUAUGUCUUCCGAAGUUUGAUGCCACAGGAUUCCUCCACGGUCACGUCUCCUACAUAGCAGAAGAUUGCCAAGCUUGUCUCUUACUACUCACCGUGCAGAGAGAUGCCUUCUUCCCUCUGUCACAAGCUAAACACACCAUCGCAGAAAAAAUGAGAAGAUCCAAUUGUCUAGUAGCAAUAAACGAUGCGUUGAACCGGCAUAGAGAUCUGCCUACGACAAAUCCAUUGAAACAUAUAGGAAUACCUGAGAUAAGGCAUUUUAUGUACAAAUGCAAGUCUACUGCGCAGCUCUUCACUUCAGAUCCUAUUAGCUUGGACAGGCUACAAGACUACAGGAUGAGGCACAAAGAGGGUGGUGAUAUUGUAGAAAAACCCAUUAAGAAGCUAUCGGACAUAGACUAUGUGAGGAAUUAUAGGCAGUUCUGCAGUCAAAUACACUGCACGUCAAUACCAGCGAAAUUGAUUUUUAGGUCGAACGCGCAAGACACUAUUUUAGCUUGGGUAACCAACGGCUUUGAACUAUAUGUCACCUUCGACGCAUUAAUGGAGAAAGAUCAAGUGAUAAAAGCAGUGGACCGUCUGCUCUGGUGGAUCAAAAAGGAAGAGCAAAGGAUUUUCAUCAUGAACGCGCCGACUUUCUAGCCCAAGUUUACAGUGCCAUCUAUCGGUGGCAUUAUAAAGAACUCAAUUAUUCGAAAUUCAAGUGAGAUCUAGUAUUGAGCUAUUGUUUUUAGCGGGACGAGUUGUUUGUGUGUAAGUUAUGAAUACUGUUUUGAUUUGUGUGCAUUGCUCUGAGCGUUCGAGUUGGAAUUUCGUGUCUGAUAGUGCUAUUGGGUUUUUCUGGUCAGUAUCACUACGGAGUUUGGAACUUGUGCCCGAUAUGGCAAUAGGCUCGCCACCUAUCACAUGAGACCGAAGACAUGACCAAAAUGGAUGCCCUAGUUGCAUGGUUGCUUCAAGACAAAUCUGUGGUAUGCGUCGGUUAGAAAAAAAUUCAACCAACAUUUUUACCAACAAAUUGUGUUUAUAAAUGCAAAUAAUGUACACAAAUGACUUGUUCCGCUAAUAUAUUCUGAACGUGAAAGUCCUAAAACUAUCUUAAAUCAUAGCAUGGUCUUAUUACGUGCAUCACGCAUUGUCGUAACUAUUGGGGUGCAGGGCUGUAUUUGGGGUAUAGGAAGGGUGGCACCAAAUUUUCCUAUUUACCAAGUAUUCCUAUUUAGGACCGUAACACGUUAGCGAUAUGAGCGUGUUUCAAACGUGGCUAUUAUUAAAUGUGUUUGCUGUAAGCUUGUAGCGUUGCAAACGCAGUUGAUACACGUUUUUAAAUCACUAAUAUAAUAAUGGUCCUACUAACGUCUUAUUAGACUUUAUUGAAUUUUUAGCUUUAUUGAAGUGGUAAUAAAGUUAGAAUUUAAUACUCAUAAUCGUAACAUAUGAAUUAAUAAUACGACGGGAAAUAAAAUGGUAAAAGAGGUAAAAGAGAUUCUAAACCCCAAAUGCAACACAGUGAUAAUUGCUCAGGUUCCUAACGUUUCAUUCCUUAGAUGGUAUUAGUAUAAAUGUAUAUAAUAUUGGCUAGUUAAUACAAAAUUAUGAUAUGGCUAUCACUGUGUAUUGACCCCUAUGACCCCCCACUAGUUUCGGCACUGCAUAAAAUAUAAUACUGUUGCACAAUUCUCUAGAUACAAAUAAUAAUGCAACGAAAUUAUACGAGUGAUUUUAACAUCUGAACACCAUAUGUAUUGUGAAAAUGGGCUGUAUUUGAGGAUAUUUUGUACGUUUCUAUUCUAGCCAAUGUAACAAGCUUAAAUUAUUAUUUAUUUGUAUCAGAUGAACAAAUUAUUUUAAGUGCCUUAGACAAAUUGUAACUAAUAUUUUUGGUGAACUGAAGUUAGUUGCGAGUCACGUGAUGGUUUUCUAGCUAACCAGUAUUUAAUACUUAGCCAAGGAUGGAGCAAUGGUAUGAGACAGUCGGUUUCGUAGUGCUUUUGGCAUGGCAACUUUCGCAGUACGAGCAUAAAGAACGGGGCGCUGUGAUUGGUUAAUAUUAAGGUACAACUUCAGUUGGCUGUCAGAUAAAUACUAUACAGAGUCAAAGAAAACGAUUAAUCUGAUACUAUGCGUCUUCGUGUACUCUCAUUAUAGUAUUAGUUAGGUCCGCCAUCACCUAAGUUGCUGACGCCGAAUAAACAUGGCAAAAAAUCCCGGACAUUUGGGCGAAAUAUGGGUUCCUCUGACACCACUGAAAAAUUUUGUUUGCAACGCGCGGGAGCACAGUUGAGGGCGUUCGAUUGUCGACUAUUUUGCGGAGAUUUCUAGAAUGCGGGUUAUUAAUGAAUUUUUAACUAAGAUUUAUUUGAAUUUCUCGCUUAUCGCGAUACCAUAUCGCGUAACGCGAUAGUAUACUCAAGUUGCGCCCACACCUGCUCACUAGUGUCCGUAUGUUGAGUUUGCUGCGGAUUCCAUAUUCGCGAUGCACUGUCACCCAGUACACAAAGGGUGACAGGAGGGUUAGAUCACGCGUAACUAACUUCAGCAGUGUUAAUUGGGAUACAUUUGAGGGGAAAUGAGUGUGCGUAGAGCGUAAAAGCUCCCCUUGCGUUACCAGUCCGUCAGUCAGUAUCAACCAUAUUAGAAAGUGGGAUGACACGACCUAAACGUCAGUGUUAUUUUGAUUAAUCGAAAUAUUAACGUAUGUGUCGCCAUCUGGUCUUUCGACCAAUUAGAUUCAAAAAGACAUGGACGUUCGUGUUUCGUCAGAAUUUAAGGAGUUCGUAAUCCGAUUUUAAUUAGUUAAAUAUAUCUUUUCUUAAUUUGGUUAUAAUUUUCAUAUUUAACGCAUGUGCUUAUAAAAUUAAAUUACAUUAGUGGGUGGAAAGAUAUAACAGCAAGUAAACUAGAAAUGGAAUAAAUAAAAAAAAGUAUGCGGCCGCACACGUUACGCGUAUAAAAAUAAGUGCCACAGCAUUACAGAAAAUCACGUACGGUGUGUUUUGCAUAGCUGACUUACGCCACUUGUGACACCGGCACACUCGUAGCGCUCAUUUCAAGACAUACUGUGUGCUAGCGCAUUAGCGUUCAGAUUUGCCACACGAGUACCAAAAACACGUCUGGUGUGUGGCUAACAGCAAGAUGCAGUUCAUUAUUGCGUCGCGCAGAUAUUGGAGAUCUGAUAUUUCAUUUUUUUUAUGUUUUUUAAUCAGUGUGAAUGUAAUACAAGUAAAUUAUAUUAACGGACACGAUUAAAUCGUACCUAUGUCGUGUAAGCCAAAAUUCAUGCUCGCUUAGAUAGAAAUGUUUGCCUAGACCCGUACAUACAAUUAUUCAAUUAUAAACACGUUCUUUUCACGUAGAAUAAUAAUGAAUUAAUGUAAACAUAAACAUUUUUGUUUAUAAUCAAAUGUCCAGCUCAUUAAUUCCAUUUAUAUGAAUGUUGGGUCUAGGUAUAGGAUAGUUCGUGUGAGGUUCUAGAAAGAAGAAUGAAACGAAGGGUAAGAUUUUUGCUCCGCUAAAUACAGCUCUGGCCACAGAUUUUAGAAUCAUUUUUAUUAAGUCUCUUUCGUCUAUUUACCUUAUUUGCGGCAAAACCAAAAAAAUCUAGCUAAUUUUGUGGCCAGAUAGUAAGUUUUAAAGGAAAAAAAAAUAGUGAUUUGAUGUAAUUUUUUUUUUUGUAAACGCUACAUGGUCGCCUACCGCCUUUUUACUGCUUAAUUAAAGAUUUAAUAGUAAAGUUAGAAGUACAAUUUAUACCCUUACUAUAAUAUUAAACACCCUGAAUGCUACGUUAUUUUGACAGUUCGUAACGAGCACGUCACGCACCUCCUCGUGCAUGACCUGGAAAUUGGUAUACAGAAUACCAUUUCAUGCUAAUUUCACGAAGAUAACAAACAUGGCCGUGUUACGUGCUUACUCUUUCAUAAAAAGGCUCAUGUACACCUAUCGUGAAACUUUAUACCUGGUUAAAACUUAGGGAAGAGUUGCUUGCAUAGAUUAAAGUGACAGAAAAUUCAGUUUACAGUAAGGUAGACGAAGCUACUAACCUAAGACCGGACAAACAGAUUCAUGACAGGUAUUCAAAUCAGUUCCUGACUCAUAUUAAAUUCUUUAAGAGCGAAAGAUCAUUAGGUUUUAUAGUUUAAGGAGAUUGUAUUCUGAAGGUGAAACCCCACUAAGCGCUAGAGGUGGUACUGCUUGCUUGUAUAGUGUAUUCAUUGGUUUAGUUUCACAAAUGUCACCAAGUAUCUAUCCACAUAUUAAUAUUAUAUCUGAUGUAAUUGCGCUUUUGUAUUAUUCCAAUACUCAUUUCGAGACCACCGUAAUAAUGUAUAGUAUACUAGGUAUAUAAAGUUAUGGUUGUCUUAGUGGAUCCAAUUGGUAAGCAAGGAAUUAUUUGAAUGGUGGGUAGAUAUGGAACAAGACUUAAUAUGGCUUUCAAUAUUUGGCUAUGAUAUUUAACUCAUACGAAUUUAUUUAUACAUAAUAUAGCCAUGAUAUAUCGCUCGGCGUCGCUUUCGCUUAGUGCGGUUUCACCUCUAGUCUUAUUGUCACUAACUUCACCCUAAUUUAAUUUGGCAAGGCAGCAAUAAAGAACAGUGUAUUUUAAAUGCUUAACUAUUAGUAAUCCAAUACAUUCGUGUAAAUACAAAGUGAAAUGUGUACCUAAUAGUACUUAUACCUAGAUUCUGUAUAGAGAAUUAUAUUUAUGGAAAAAUUGUCUAGCUAGCAAUAAUUUUAUAAUAAACAUGUCAAUUCCA